AUGAAAAUCAGGGCGCAGGAUCGCAUCACUUUCCCGGAGGGCGUUGAGGUGUCCGUAAAGGACCGCGUCGUCACCGUCAAGGGUAAGCGCGGCACACUCACAAAGGACCUCCGUCACCUGCAGCUGGACUUCCGUGUGAACAAGAAGUUCCGCACCUUCACCGCCGUCCGUUGGUUUGGCACAAAGAUCAAUAACUCCACCAUCAACACGGCACUGUCGCACGUGCGCAACAUGUUCACGGGUGUGACAAAGGGCUUCCGCUUCAAGAUUCGAUUUGCCUACGCGCACUUUCCCAUCUCCGUCUCUGUGGAGAAUCAGCUUGUGGAGAUCCGCAACUUCCUUGGGGAGAAACGUGUUCGCCGGCAGCUCAUAUCCGAUAGCGUCAAGGUCUACCGCACAGACCCCUCCAUUGUGAAGGACGAACUUGUGCUGGAGGGCAAUGACCUGGAGGAAGUCUCGCGCGAGGCCGCCGUGAUGCAUCAGCUUUGCCUG